GGGCGCGGGCGGCGGUGUCCUUGAGUGGAGCUCGCGGCUGGACUGGUACCCGCCGCUGGACUGGUUCGGAGCGGACGACACAGAAACUUCGAUUAUGUCCGACGAGGAGGCUGCUCGGCAUGAUGAGAUCCAGGAGGCCCCUCCUCCCCGAGAGCGGCACCUGAGUGCCGCCGCCAGCCCGCAGGACAGCACGCCCGGCGACUGGGAAGAGCUGGACACGCCCACCGCCUGCGAGCAUGCUUUCGUCGCGGCCCGAGACGAGAGUGCGACCGCGCGUGAUCCGGACGGGUCCGCCGGAGGCGGCGACCCGCCGCCGGCGCCACUGAGCGUUCAGGUCGAGAUAGAGCCGGCGGAUCAGGAGACGGAUGCGGCUGGGGGUGCCGCCGCCGACGCCGCCGACCCCAACGCCAGUCCUCAGGGCUCUGACCGCCAGGACAAAUUCCCAUGGGAGGAGGACACGGACGACGCGGCACGGCUUGUGAAGGAGCCGCACGUUGCGGCGGCGGCGGUGGUCGCCGAGGACGAGGACAGCAUUGUGGCGGCGCCCUCCUCCUCGUCCACGCCGCGGCCGGAGCACGGUUCGCGCAGCCCGGCGGGGCAGAGCGAGAGGCCCCAUAGGGAGACCCCGCGGGAGUACUUGAUCCGGCGCCUGGACGCGGCCCGGCCCCGACUGGCUGGCCGGGCUGCUGCACCGGACCCGCUGGAGGCCGAGGCGCAGGCGCUGCGCCUGCUGCUGCACGCGUGGAAGCGGCUGCUGGGCCUGGCGGCGUGCGCGAGCCUGCCGCCAGUCACCGAGCGCGUGCCGCCCAAGCCGAGCGCGCUGCGCCGGUUCUGCCCAGCCGUCUGGAUGCUGGCGUUCCUGCUUAUGUCGCUGGGCAGCAUCGGGCUGCAGUGGGCGCGCUGCCAGCCAUCUUACCUGGGGCACCUGGUGCCGCCUCCACACGCACACAACACGACGACCGAGUAUGUCUGCGAGCACUCCUUCAUCUGGACGUAUCUGCUGCCGCGGCUGAUCUACAUCCUCGGCUACAUCUCUGUCUUCGUCUGCUGGUUUUGCAUCAAGCAGCCGGACUUGAUCCAAAUCGUGGGAGAGGUGUUCUUCACUAUGACUGACAACAUGGAGUACGCGGCCGUGUCCGGGCUGUUCAUACGGUACUGCCGGCGAGACCGGCACCUGAUGAUGAUGCUGUUCGUGCUCGUGGUUGCGCUCUCCGUCACGAGCACCCUGAUCGGCGAUGGCGUCGUCCACCCGGUGGUCGUGUCGGCCAGUCCGACCAGACCGAAGCCAGCAGUCAUCGUUACCUCUGAGGUCUUCACCUUCCUCCUUACCCUGAUCAUGGACAGCAUGAUGUUCUUCUCCCUAGUCUCAUACACUCUGUCCAUCAAGUACUUCGACCUGAUCUUGCGCAAGACCCAGACGCACCUGGCUAGCCAGGGUGACCAGGCCCACCUGAGUGCCGAUGGCUAUGUCAAGGCGCACUACCAGAAGGGCCACCGGCUGAUGAUCCAGUCCCAGGCGUGCGUCUCCGCCGUGAUCCUGCUGGUGCUGCUGAGGGUCUGCCAGGGCGUGACCCUGAUUACCCUCGACCUGACCGCGAAGAAGCCGCACACAGAGUCCCUGGGGGUGCUUCCGGUCAUGCUGGCCUACACGCUAGCCGUGUAUCACCACCUGUACCGGUGCUGCCAGCUGACGAAGGAGGGGACAUGCGCACCACCUGCGCCACGUGUCGACCGGACCCAACUUCGCCACGGGCGGCACGCCGGACACGGACGAGGCGGCGGACGAGGUGGCGCCGCUCUCGCCGCGCGCCGGACCGGGCGACGACGAGCCGGCGCCGGCCCGCUCGCCGGCCCAGUGGCGCCAGGCGCUGCAGGGCUGCCCGGCCGUCACCGGCCGCGUGUUCGGCCUCAACGCCGCGCCCUGGAUGUACGUCCUGUUGCCGCUGAUUGCGCUCUGCUAUUCCGGCGGCUACAUUGCUCUCCAGCGUUUCUGGCCGCUGUUCUAGCUGUCGACGCCACGGCGGCGGUGCAGCGCGCUGGUCUGUUCCGCUGUCGCCUGAAGUGUCGCUGACCGCCGUGUGCGCUGCGGCUCUUCACGGCUCUCCGUUUUGUUAAAUGCUGCUCCAGCUCUGUUUGGAGAGCUACUGGGGGCUGUUCCGUUUCCUGAACACCCAGGCUCGUUAUUGGCUACGUGCCUCGCUCUAUAUAUCUAGAACCAUUGUCCUCAGUGUUGAAGCUGUUCGCUGCAGUUCUGUGAGCUGUGGUGCCAUGCGGGGGCUAGUGAAUGAGACUGCCAAUGGUGGAGGCUGUUACUGAUCUGCGGUUUCUGGCGAUGUCUUCACAAUUAUCUGUGCUUCUACAUUUCCAUGUCGGCUGUUUUGCCCUCUGGAAGUUGCUCGCACGUUCCUAUUCACUUACCACUAAUUCCCCACGUCUUUGCGAUGCUACUGCUAAUCGGUGGGCCGUGCGUUAUAAAUAUACACAUAUUUUGCUUAA